CAUCCGGAGAAACAUGGAGGACACUAUUGGCAGUAAUCCCCCAUCUCUCGGAUUUUUAGAGAAAUUGAAGUCCUGGCUCUCCUGGUCAUGGACUUACGUAUGCUUCGUUUGGUUUGGCAUGGUGCUGAUUAUGGUAUACAUCGUGUGGAGUCCGCUGAAACUGCAGGAAACUCUUUCUUCAGCGUCAGUGUUUCUGAACACUCUGACUCCUAAAUUCUACGUGGCCCUCACAGGAACUUCUUCCCUUAUCUCUGGACUUAUCCUUAUAUUUGAGUGGUGGUAUUUUCGCAAAUAUGGGACGUCAUUUAUCGAGCAAGUGUCUGUGAGCCACCUGCGUCCUCUGCUGGGUGGGGUGGAGAGCAGUUCGUCGACUGGUCUCUUCUCAUCAAUUAAUGGAGAAGCAGAGCCCAGACCCAGUGUCUCUGAUUGCAAGGUCUGGAGGAAUCCUUUAAACCUUUUCAGAGGAGCAGAAUACAACAGGUACACCUGGGUGACAGGGAAGGAACCUUUGACCUACUACGAUAUGAACUUGUCUGCUCAAGAUCAUCAGACCUUUUUCACAGGAGAUACUCAGCAAUUAAAGCCAGAUGAUGCUGUGAUGCAGAAGGCAUGGAGAGAGAGAAAUCCUCAGGCCAGGAUCAGAGCUGCUUACCAGGCCAUAGAAAUGAACCAUGAAUGUGCUGCUGCAUACGUCCUUCUAGCAGAAGAAGAAGCCACAACCAUCACCGAAGCUGAACGCCUCUUUAGAAAAGCACUGAGUUUUGCUGGGAAAGAUAUCAAUCUACUGGUUUACAUUAAACGCAGACUUGCAAUGUGUGCACGCAAACUGGGCCGGAUCAAAGAAGCAGUAAAAAUGAUGAGAGAUUUAAUGAAAGAGUUCCCAUUGUUGGGAAUGUUAAAUAUACAUGAAAAUCUCUUGGAGGCACUUUUGGAGCUUCAGGCUUAUGCUGAUGUCCAAGCAGUCCUCGCAAAAUACGAUGACAUUAGUUUGCCAAAAUCAGCCACUAUCUGCUACACAUCUGCACUGCUGAAAGCACGGGCAGUUUCAGAUAAGUUUUCUCCAGAAGCAGCGUCCAGACGAGGGCUGAGCACAGCAGAGAUGAAUGCUGUGGAGGCGAUACACAGAGCUGUUGAGUUCAAUCCACACGUGCCAAAGUACUUAUUAGAGAUGAAGAGCCUGAUUCUGCCUCCAGAGCACAUCUUAAAGAGGGGAGACAGUGAAGCAGUAGCAUACGCUUUCUUCCAUCUGCAACACUGGAAGAGAGCAGAAGGAGCCUUAAACCUGUUACAUUGCACCUGGGAGGGCACCUUCCGGAUAAUUCCCUACCCCCUGGAAAAGGGUCACCUAUUUUAUCCCUACCCAGGAUGCACAGAAACAGCAGAUAGAGAACUACUCCCCUCUUUUCACGAGGUGUCUGUAUACCCAAAGAAAGAGCUUCCCUUCUUCAUACUCUUCACAGCAGGCCUUUGCUCUUUCACUGCCAUGUUGGCCAUGCUCACACAUCAGUUUCCUGAGCUCAUGGGUGUCUUUGCCAAAGCAUUCUUUAGCACACUCUUUGCACCACUGGGCUUCUUUGCAGACAAAAUGGAAAACUUCAUGCCGUCCAGUUUCUGGCACCAGCUGACUCGGAUCUGACCUCAUCUCUGUCUCACUCAGUCAUUCACGCACACACACACACUAAAUGAAAACACAUAAACAGCAAUCUCACUCAAAAUCCUUGGAUAAAAAGUGUUUGCUCUCCUGUCUUCAGCAUUGCUGUCCACUUGCUGCAUUGUUACUGAUUAUAUUGGCCAAGACUGUAUCAACACAGCAAUAGCAAUGCUCUCCAACAUGGUUUCAGCUAACAGAGGUUUUCCUAGAACUGAUUUGGUGAAUAAAACAACUAAUUUUCCUGUCAUCUUGUUAGUAUUAGUAAGUUCAUACAUUCUUAGUUUCUAUCGAAGAGCUACUGUUGAAACACAAUCACUUAGACCUGCAUGUUUUUAAUGCUUAUUAAUCAUUAAGUAAGUGUCAGUGAAAAGUCAGAAGGGCAACUAUAGAGUUUCUCAUACGAUACAUCUCAUUAAAGAUGCUUUACAAUUUAUCACCUUCCUUUCUUUUUAAGCUACAGAUUUUUCACAGAUUGCUAACUGUGAAUCCAGAUAUAAAAACAAGUCCUCCUUGUGUGUUGGCAGUAUAUACAAUACCUCUGUAUACCACUGAAGCCAUUGUUACUAAGGCAUGACUCUUCAGAACUAUAUUAUUGGGAUUCUGUCCUUUUUGUUGUGUGGAACAUGGUCAGAUUCCCAUGACAUAUGCUGUAAGACCUUAGUGAUACCCAGAAAUGUAACUUAAUUGUAAUUUAUAUUAUUCCGUUCCACUGACAUGCAGUUAAACAAUUAGUUAUUUGAUCAAAUUUGCUUAAACUAAGAGAUAAAUGUGUUAUUUAUCACACUAACUUGUCCAUUUGUAAAUUAUUCUGAAAACUUCCAUUUAAAAGCAGUUCAGUAGGAACCAUGAUUGAAAAAAAUUCCCUUUGUUAGUAAAUUAUGCCUCUGAAUAAAUCUAGUUUGAUUUAAAAUCUGUUAAAAAAUAGAAACAGAAGUGAUAAAUAUGCUGGUGUUAAAGAAUAAAAUAAAGUAAACUUUUCAAUGCUUCGUAUACUCUUGGAAAAUUGAUUAUACGUCCAUUGUCUACAACCAUUUAUCCCUGAAGGGUUGCCAGGGGGCUAGUGCCUAUCUCCAGUGCCACUGGGUGAGAGGCGGGGUACACCCUGGACACAAAUUGAUUAUAUUUUUGGUAAUCAUGAUCCUUUUAUGUUGCGAUCCAGUCUGACCUUUAAAAGUUGAUGACAAAAUAUCUGUAUUAUACUGCUGAAGUAGAGCAAGGCAUGCUGAGGACAGGAGAAAGUUUACACAACUGUAACUAUCUUUCAAUGGGUUUGACAGCAAAGACCUACAAUAAAUGUCUUGUUCCUUUCA